AAAUCGUUUGCGAGGGUCUCAGCUAAGCAGCUCCGGGCCCUCCGGGCCCAGCCUCCCCUCCCCCAGCCCGCUCCUGAGCCCGGACCCCCAGCUGUCCUCUCAGACACCUGUGACAGCUAAAGGGUGUGCGGGGGGAGGGGACUGGGGGUCCGGGAGGCACUAGUCACACGCACGUCGCACUCACCCAGGGCCCCCUUCCCCGCCCCUCCCCCAGAGGCUCGGCACUAUUUUGGGUGGUGUAGACCCCGCCCCCACUUCCGACAGAGCCCUGGCUCUUCAAGCAGCUGGAGGGGUCGCGCCGCCGCCUGUUGGGGCUGCACCUCCGCCCAGGACCGCCAACGCCUGUGCAGCCAUGUCGGGCCGCUCGGUGCCACAUGCCCACCCGGCCACCGCCGAGUACGAAUUCGCCAACCCGAGCCGUCUGGGUGAGCAGCGCUUCGGGGAAGGCCUCCUGCCAGAAGAGAUCCUGACACCCACUCUCUACCAUGGCUACUAUGUCCGGCCACGGGCCAGCUGUGCUGGAGAAGGCAGCAGGGCAGGGGCCUCCGAGCUUAGGCUCAGUGAGGGCAAAUUCCAGGCAUUUCUGGAUGUGAGCCACUUUACCCCAGAUGAGGUGACCGUUAGGACUGUGGACAACCUGCUGGAGGUGUCUGCCCGGCACCCGCAGCGCCUGGACCGCCACGGCUUCGUGUCCCGGGAGUUCUGCCGCACCUAUGUUCUGCCUGCUGAUGUCGACCCCUGGCGGGUCCGUGCUGCUCUAUCCCACGAUGGCAUCCUUAACCUGGAGGCGCCUCGGGGUGGCCGACAUUUGGACACGGAGGUCAAUGAGGUCUACAUCUCCCUGCUCCCUGCGCCUCCUGAUCCGGAGGAAGAGGAGGAGGAGGCCAGAGUGGAGUCCUGAUUGCUGCAGACCCAGCACCUAGCAGAUCCCUUUCUAUCUCCCAUGGUGAUAGGAGCAGCUGCCCACCACCCCAGAGGUAGCAGCAUCCUUGGGGGAAGGGAGAGGUGCACAGUCCUCAAUGUAUGGUUUGGUCCUUUUGGGACAUGUCAUAGCCUUUGACUUAGUUCUGGGUGGGGGGUGGAGCUGAAUAAACCCAAAUCUC